CUCAUCCCUCUCCUGGCUCCCCUCCCUCCUCCCCUGCCUGCUAAUUUUUUAUGCAUUUUUCUAAACUGUCAUGGCGUUUUUGUGUCCUUGGAAAUAAAAUAGCGCCGUGUUUUUCUGGCUGGCUGGGGAGAUGUGUCGCCGGUGAGAGCGUGUGUCCGCCGUCCGGAGCAGAUGCAGUGAAGGGAUAGAAGAUGAAAAUACACAAGAAGGACAAGCAGCAGAUGUUCAGUGGUCUCCUGAAGCACACACCACCUCUGGCCUCUGCUGCCGCCUCCUCUUCUGCCUCAGACCAAAACAGCAGUGCACAAACCACCGUUCCCACAAUCCCACGGGGACACCUGGUUGUGGGUCCUAAGGACCAGCUUCGCCUCCUCACCUCUGUGGGCACCACGGCGACGUCCAAUCACUGCACAGUGACUGGGGCCUACAACGCAAAACACGCUGGAGGAGGUGGAAGACCAAUAACCCCGCAACCUCCUUCCUCUCUUAGCGAGGAGGAUGAUGGAGGAGGAGGGGGCAGGGUGAAGAAGAAGCGGAAGAAAAAGGACAGGAGGGAACGGGAGAAAGGAGGAGGGGAGGGAGAGCAAAGGGAAAGCAGUAAACCAAAGAAACGAAGGGAGGAGAAGGAGUCUUUAGUGGUCACACUGAGGCAGAGCAAGGAGCCCAAGAAAUCCAAGGAUCGCAGGAAAGAGAGCGGGCCGGAGCCCAAACAUGUGGCAGGUGCUGCUGCGGCCCUCGUGCCCGCCGAGGUGCUGGUCAAGGUGCCCGCAAAAAGAGGGAGGAAACCCAAGAUCAAAAUCCUGCCUCCUCUACCCACAAAUCAAGCAGAACCUUCUCUGGCCCUGGGAGUCCCCAUCCAGGUCCAGGGUAACCAGAUUCCUCCAGUCCAUGGGAAGCUCCAAGGUCUGGCCAACAGCAAGGCCCCAGCUCCUACAGCACCAAAACAGAGGGGCCGAAAACCAAGAGACCCUGGUGCAGUGCCGGUGGAGAAGAAGAAAAAGGGGAAGAGGAGAAAACAGGAGCUGGCUGUCCAGGAGGUGUUGGAGAGUGAUGAUGGUACUUCAACAUCGGGACUUAACAUGGGUGGAGAGGACAGCCAAGACCCGUUGGAUAACUCGAAGCGCCGUUCAGGACGUCAGGUCAAAAGGAGGAAGUACAACGAGGAUUUGGACUUUAAGGUGGUAGAUGAUGACGGAGAGACGAUUGCUGUUCUUGGAACGGGUCGCAUCUCGGCUCUUAAUGCCACGGCUCUGGCAUGGCAGGCUGAGGAACCACCUGAGGAUGAAGCAAACAUCAUCGAGAAAAUCCUGUCUGUCAGAGUAGUGAAGAAGGAGACGUCAUCAGGGGACCAAGCAGAGGAGAUGGAGGAGUUUUAUGUCAAGUACAGAAAUUUUUCCUACUUGCACUGCAAAUGGGCCACGCUGGAAGAGCUCGAGAAAGAUCCGAGAAUCCAUCAGAAGAUUAAACGGUUCAGGACCAAACAAGCCCAGAUGAAGCACCUGUUCACUGAGCCUGACGAGGAUUUGUUUAAUCCAGAUUAUGUUGAGGUGGACAGAGUCCUCGAGGUGGCCAUUACCACAGACACAGAGACGGGGGAGGAGGUUACUCAUUACCUUGUUAAGUGGUGCAGCCUGUCUUAUGAGGAGGCCACGUGGGAGCUGCAAGAAGACCUGGACCCAGAGAAAAUCAAAGAAUUUGAAGAGAUCCAGAAACUGCCGGCAGACCUCAGACACAUGGAGCGUCCUCCUCCAGAAAAAUGGCAGAAGUUGGAGCUGUCCAGGGAUUACCGCAAUGGAAACCAGCUCAGAGAAUACCAGUUAGAGGGAAUGAACUGGUUGCUAUUCAACUGGUACAACAGAAAAAACUGUAUCCUGGCGGAUGAAAUGGGUUUGGGAAAAACCAUCCAGUCCAUCACCUUUCUGUAUGAGAUCUUCAGCAUGGGGAUCCGUGGGCCCUUCCUCAUCAUCGCCCCCUUGUCCACAAUCACCAACUGGGAGAGAGAGUUCCGUACCUGGACGCACAUGAACGUCAUUGUCUAUCACGGCUCUCAGAUUAGCCGGCAGAUGAUUCUGCAGUACGAGAUGUUUUACCGAGACUCACAGAGUAACACCAUCCCUGGUGUGCUGAAGUUCCACGGGGUGAUCACCACCUUUGAGAUGAUCAUGGCCGACUGUCCGGAACUGAAGAAGCUGCACUGGCGCUGUGUGGUGAUCGAUGAAGCUCAUCGACUGAAGAACAGGAACUGCAAGCUGCUGGAGGGACUCAAACUCAUGAACCUGGAACACAAAGUUCUGCUGACAGGAACCCCUCUGCAGAACUCCGUGGAGGAGUUGUUCAGUUUGCUGAACUUUCUGGAGCCGCAGCAGUUCCCAUCAGAAAACUCCUUUUUGGAAGAGUUUGGAGACCUCAAAACAGAGGAACAGGUGAAGAAGCUUCAGGCCAUUUUGAAGCCAAUGAUGUUGAGGAGACUGAAGGAUGAUGUGGAGAAAAACCUGGCUCCCAAAGAGGAGACCAUCAUCGAGGUGGAGCUGACAAACAUCCAGAAGAAAUACUACCGAGCCAUCUUAGAGAAGAACUUUUCCUUUCUGUCGAAAGGAGCAAACCAGCACAACAUGCCCAACCUCAUCAACACCAUGAUGGAGCUCCGCAAAUGUUGCAACCAUCCGUAUCUUAUCACAGGAGCAGAAGAGAAGAUUCUGGAAAGCUUCAAGAAAAGCCACAGUCCAGACGCACAUGACUUCCAGUUGCAGGCGAUGAUCCAGGCUGCUGGUAAACUGGUGCUGAUUGACAAACUGCUGCCCAAACUGCUGACCGGGGGACACAAAGUCCUGGUCUUCUCCCAGAUGGUCCGCUGCCUGGACAUCCUGGAGGACUACCUCAUCCAGAGACGCUACACAUACGAACGCAUCGAUGGUCGUGUGCGAGGGAACCUACGACAGGCGGCCAUCGAUCGCUUCUGUAAGCCGGACUCAGACCGCUUUGUGUUCCUCCUGUGCACCCGAGCCGGUGGUCUGGGAAUCAACCUGACUGCUGCUGACACCUGCAUAAUCUUCGACUCUGACUGGAACCCACAGAAUAGUGUAGAUGCACAGGCACGCUGCCACCGGAUUGGUCAGAGCAAAGCGGUGAAGGUAUACCGACUGAUAACCAGAAACUCUUAUGAGAGGGAGAUGUUUGACAAGGCCCAGUCUGAAGCUCGGGCGGACAAAGCUGUCCUCCAAGACAUCAACCGCAAAGGAAGCCUCAAUGGGGUGCAGCAACUCUCAAAGCUGGAAGUAGAGGACUUAUUGAAAAAGGGAGCGUAUGGAGCGCUGAUGGAUGAAGAAGAUGAAGGCUCCAAGUUCUGCGAGGAAGACAUCGAUCAGAUCCUUCAAAGGCGAACGCAGACCAUAACCAUCCAGUCUGAGGGGAAAGGAUCAACAUUUGCCAAGGCCAGUUUCAUCUCGUCUGGUAAUAGAACAGACAUUUCUCUGGAUGACCCCAACUUCUGGCAGAAAUGGGCCAAAAUUGCUGAGGUGGAGAUCGACUCCAAAUCAGAGAAGGAGUCCCUGGUUAUCGACACGCCUCGAGUUAGGAAGCAAACACGCCACUACAACUCCUUUGAGGAUGAUGAGCUGAUGGAAUUCUCAGAGCUGGACAGUGACUCAGAGGAGCGUCCGUGUCGGAUCCGUCGCCUUGGUGACCGCAGUCGGCGGUAUCUCCGUGCAGAGUGCUUCAGGGUUGAAAAGAACCUGCUUAUAUUUGGUUGGGGUCGGUGGAAGGACAUCUUAAACCAUGGUCGGUUUAAAUGGCAUCUAGCAGAGAGAGACAUGGAGAUCAUCUGUAGGGCUCUGCUGGUGUACUGCUUGAGACACUACAAAGGUGAUGACAAGAUCAAGAGCUUCAUCUGGGAUCUGAUCACACCCACCAAGGAAGGCCAGGACCAGUCUCUGCUCAAUCACUCUGGUCUAUCAGCUCCAGUUCCUCGUGGUCGGAAGGGGAAGAAGCUAAAGAAUCAGCUGAAUGUUCCUGAGGUGAAAAACGCCGACUGGCUGGUCCACUGUAACCCUGAAAUGGUACUGCAGGACGACAGCUACAAGAAACACCUCAAACAACACUGCAACAAGGUGCUGCUGAGGGUAAGGAUGUUGUACUACCUGAAGGUGGAGGUAUUAGGUGAGGCUGCCAAUCAGGCUCUGGAGGGGAUCCCUGCCAGUAAACUUGAGGUUUCGCUGCCAGACAUCGACUACAUCGAGAUUCCGGCUUCAUGGUGGGAUACAGAUGCUGACAAGUCUCUCCUCAUAGGAGUCCACAAACACGGUUAUGAGCGGUACAACGCCAUGCGGGCAGAUCCAGAUCUGUGUUUCCUGGAGAGGGUGGGGAUACCAGACGUCACAGCGCUGUCAGUGGAACACACAGGAGGGGAGGGGCCCUCUGAUUUGACUGACAGCGUUUGUAAAAGUGAAGAGACAAAGGACGAGGUGGAGACUAAAGCAGACGGCGGGGAGGAGAGAGAUGAGAGCAGUAAGGGUGAGGAAACCUGCUCCAGUACUGAUACCUCAGAUAAACCAGACAGUACCGGUCCAGAGUUCCAGAUAUCAGGCGACUUGUGUGCACAAGAUGCAACAUUGGUCACCACGACUACCACAGCCGGAGCCGGGAGCGGCGUGGCAUCACUCCAUGUUGUCCAAGCCCGGCCCCUCUGGCCCACUGGCCCCGCCAUGACGGCCCGGUUACGCCGUCUUGUAACGGCCUACCAGCGCUUCACACUGCGUCGUGAGCCGCUGCUAAAGCAUCAGUUCUUGCUUCACGAUGGACUCAUUGGUAUGGGAAUCGGAGGAAUGGGAACGACUCAUCACAGCAGUGGGACGUUGCCAUGGCAGCUGGGGGAGGAUCUAAGGAGGUGCACGGUGAUCCCCACAGAGUCCGACCCUUUGUUCCUGGAAUGGCAGAGAAGAUGGACUCGUCGGGAACAGGCAGAUUUUUACCGCACAGUUUCUUCUUUCGGGGUGGUCUAUGACCCAGAAAGAAAAACCUUCGACUGGUCCCAGUUCAGAACGCUGGCCCGACUGGAGAGGAAGACUGACGAGAGUCUAGAGAGAUAUUUCAACUCGUUUGUCAACAUGUGUAGGACCGCCUGCAAGCUACCGCCAAGAAAAGACGAAGGUUUGGUAGAUCCUGCUGUGCUUGUAGAGCCUUUGACGGAAGAACGAGCAGCCAGGACUCUGUACCGUAUCGAGCUGCUACGCAAGAUCAGAGAGCAGGUUCUCCGUCACCCGUUACUAUCAGCCCGCCUACAGCUGUGUCGGCCCUCCCUUUACCUCCCGGUGUGGUGGGAGUCUGGCAAACAUGAUCGUGACCUCCUCGUUGGGGCAGCACGCCAUGGCUUGAGCCGCACAGACUUCUACAUCCUGAAUGACCCCCAGCUGAGCUUCCUGGAGGCUCACCGAAACUACGUCAGGGGACACCCUUCUCACCUUCAUCCUCACCACGUUGGCUUAGUAACUCAUCCCAGUGUCUCUUCCUCAUCGUCUUCUUCCUCGUCUCAUUCCCAACUGCCACACCCACACUGCUGUCUCUACGACUCAGGACCCGGUCGUCACUCCCCUCAGCCCCCUGAAUAUCCCCACCAGCCCUCCCACCACCAGCAUCACACUGCACCUCUGUCUGCUCCUUCUCCUUCUUCCUCCUCCUCUUCAUCCUCUCACCCUCACCUCCACCCUCCCCCUCUGGAAGUAGGUGCUCACGAUUCUGCUUCCCCAAGCUUGGGAAUAGUGUCAGGCUCACGGGGAGAUUUCCUAGACUGUCCUCCUUUGGAUGAAGCCCUGGAGUUGGGUUCACUGCAGCACGACGCCAUGUCGUCUGAUGCUUUACACGGAGGAAAGGCAUCAAAGGACGCCUUCAACGGGUUCCCAUUUAAUUCUGCUGCUGGAGGUCAAAGCAUGCUCAACUCCUAUGGAGUCGGGGCAGCAGACCUGGAUUCCAAGCUGCGGAGUGAUGUGCUUGUUGGCGAACAGGGGUCAUCGGAAGAAACGGGGUUGAUGGCGCCAUCCAUGGAGUUGGAUCAGUUACAGGCUCCCUGGGACAGCACGGAUCAUUCCAGUCCAGCUCACCAUAUGUUUAACGAAUCCGAUCCCAUCCUGGGUCCCUCCACCCUGGAGACUGGUUUCCUGGAGGAGGAGGAUGAGGAGGCACAGGGGGGAGAUAGAGGAGAGGAGGAAGGUGCAACUCUGGAGGAGUGUUUGGGCCUCCCACCCCCCUCCAACCCCUCAGCAGGAGACACUGUGGAGCCAUUGUCAUCAAGUUAUAUGCUCUUUAAGGACAUUGGUGUGAGCGAGGAAGCCAGCGCAGAUCAAACCGACCUGUCUGCGAGCCCGCCUCCACCGUAUGUCCCGCCGCCUCCGCUUUCUCUCUCUGACAUCACUGCCCCCGAGCCACGGGAUAGGCUGAAGCACACGCAUGUCACUGACAGCUUAACCAACCCUGUGGAGGAGGAAGACGACAACCAGGAAGGAGGCGAUGGAUUUGGAUUUGAUGACAAGCAGGAGGAGGCUGUAGAUAACAAAGUGGACAAACGGAGGGAUCAGUUUCUACAUGAGAAGUGCUGUGAUGAAGACAGAGGUGCUGACCAAAGUUUGAAAGCCUUUAAUCAACCCUUGGAUGUGCCACAGAUUCAUGGGAUUGAGCCAGAACCAGACCUGGACGAACAAGAUGAGGGGAUGGAUGUCUCAAAUGAGCUGUCUCAAGCACUUCGGGAGAGCUUUGAGGACUUAAAGCAAAAACAGAAUUUAACAGAAGGCAUCGCACCUUAUCUUAGCAAGUUGGAGCAGGAGGAUGGCUUUGAAUGCCCUGGGUCCAUUGAAGAACCUGAGGAGGAGGUUGAUGAGUUGAUUUUGUAUCACACUACUGAGAAAGACAGUAUGGAGAAUUCUCUUGACACUGAAAGCUUGAUUAGAAACACAACUGGAGAUGAUCUGCCAGAAGCUAUGCCAGAAAAUUCUAAUGAAGAUGGUUCAUUGUGUUGCACAGUAGGUGCAGAUCAAGUGGAUGAGAUAACAGAAGGGCAGGUGGAACAUGUUUCGUUUAUGGAUGCUCCAAUGGUACAACCUUGUGAUGACCCAGCAGAAAAUGCUUUGAAACAAAUCAAGGUCAAAUCAGAUGAGAUGGAACUGGAGAACAUUUAUUCAGAAUACGCACAAUCCUCUUACUCAACCAUCUCAUUGCCUGCUGGUGUGUCAAAUCCUGAUGAAAACACCCCAAAGAGAAACACCAGAGCCAGAGUCAAAAAGGAAAUCUCCAUUGAUCAGGAAAGUUGCAAUGACAUAGUCCAAGAUUUAAACUUAACUGAAAGCAGAGUCUGUAAGAACAAAGCUCUAACUUCAUCCUUGGAUCUAGACAACAAAGGCGGUUUGUUUGAUCAUCUCAGUGUCCCUGAAGAUAGCUGUGACAGAAAACUAAUUGCCCCUAGUAUACCAACAAACGGCAUAGCCACAAAACUGUCCAAAGAGAACAUUUCUAGCCUUGCAGACAGUUGUACCAAGAAGAACCCUGAGCACCUGGUGCUUGCAAUCAAGACUAAAACUGAAACGUUUGAGGAAACACCAAAUGUCUACCCUGAUAGCUCUGAUGUCAAACCAGCAAAAUUUCUUUCAUACUCUGUUAAAUCAGAAAGCCUCAUGACCAAAGCUGAGGAAUUGAGUUAUACUGUCAAAUUAGAAUCACUGGAUGCUAAACCUGAAGGUUUAAACCUUCCAAUGAAGUCUGAGAACUUUGACAAUAAAUCACAUAUCCUUCAUUUAAGACCUUACUGUGAUAGUGCACAGAUUAAACCUGAGGUAAAACCAGUCCUUCUUGGGUUUACUGCUUAUUCUGAAGUAGCCAAUUUUAAGACUGAGACCAAAGCAGAAGGUUCAAAGCUAGUCGGGUGUCCCGAUACAUCUGGAGUCAAGCCUGAAGCCAAGCCAGAAGGUCUGGAUUUCACAGCCUUCCCAGACAGCUCUGAGAUGAAAACUGAGGUUAAGCCAGAAGGUGUUGAGUUCACGGUUUUUCCUGAGAUUAAAGCUGAGACUAAGCAGGAGCUUUUGGAGGCAGACAGCACAGUCCUAACGCCAAAGCUGGAGCAGACCGAGGGGCCUGUUGACUCCUCAGAAAGGCUAGUGGUAAAACAGCAUGUCAAGGAGGAAAGGCCCAGUACACCUGUACCUAUGGUGGAAGGUUAUCCCGGCGGCCUGAAGUUUGCUGCUCAUGUUUCCCUGUGUGAGCUUGCUGAUGGCGUCGACAGCAGGGAGCCGACCAUCGCUCAGCUUCUGCAGGAGAAAGCACUUUACUCCUUCUCCGAGUGGCCAAAGGAUCGAGUCAUAAUCAACCGUCUGGAUAGUAUCUGCCACGCCAUCUUGAAGGGGAAAUGGCCUUCAUCAAGUGAGCAGUACGACUCACCCAGCUCACUGGCCGCCAACUCCUGUCUGGCCAACAGCUUAGCCCAGCACCACCACCGAACCAGCUUCCUGUCCUCCACGGCAGGAGGCCAGACCAGAGUUCAACAGCCCAAUCCUGGACUGGGCUUCUCCAUCCCACCUCCUCUCACCAGACUGCCAAAGUACAUGCCGCGGGGUGGCGCUUGUGGGCGCGGAGCAUGGCGCCUCACCUCCUUGCCUCUCUUACAGGAGAGACUGGUGGCUCCUCCUUUCCUCCCUGAACUUAAACGAGCAGGAGGUCGGAGGUCUUUCGACUACGAAGCCGCUGCGGCUGCAGUCGCUGCCAAAGUAUUAGCAGGUAAAACGACAUCGUCCUGCCACACUCCUGCUACUGCAAGUUCCAGUGGUGAGAACGUGGCAGUAGUGGCGCCACCUUCUCAUCGUCCAGGAGCCAUGUUGAUUAAUGGUUGGCAAGAGGCGGCCAUUGAUCUCACUAAGUCAUCGGGGGAAAUAACCACCACCACCAGUAGUAUUGGGACAGGUGAACCUAUAGUUGCACCAGGAGUUGGCCACCACGGGACCAGUGCAGGUAGCAGUCACAAGCUACCGCCUCCCAUCACGGCGCCCUUACCAGGGGCUGUGGGAAUUGACAUGGCCGGGAUCCUACAAGCUGGGCUGAUCCACCCUGUGACGGGGCAAAUAGUUAACGGGAGCCUGCGUGGAGAAGAUUCUCUCAGGAGGAGGAGGGGGAGGAGGAGAAACGUGGAUGCACUCUACUCGGAGUACACAAAGACGAGAGGACUACAGCUCCCAGAGACACAGGGCCGAGUGGAGGUGAUCAGCCACUCCUCCGUCUCCUCCUCCACUUCCUCACCAUCCCCGUCUCCCUCAGAGCGACCCGCAGGUCCUCCCACGCCUUCGUCCUCAUCUACACCCACACCCACCCAGACUCCCCCGCAGCCCGAGAUUGUGGCUGUGGACAGAGAAGCAGCCAGCAAAGGCCUGAUCGAGUGGUUGAGGCAGAACCCAGGGUACAGCAUGGACCUGCCCGCAUUCACGCAUUCUGGAGCGGGCUUGUUGCACGGUUUCGUGGAGCGGCCCAAACAGAGGAGGCAUCGCUGCAAAGACCCCACGAAGCUGGAUGUCAACUCUUUAACUGGAGAGGAGCGGGUUCCUGUUGUGCACAGAGGCACCGGGCGCCGGCUUGGUGGUGCUAUGGCUCCGGCCAUAAAGGAGCUUUCGCGAUGGCUGGAUGCUAACUCGGAGUACUUUGUAGCUCCUGACUGGGCUGAUGUGGUCAAACACUCUGGUUUUCUCCCGGAGGGGAAGUUCUCUCGGAUCCUGACGGAACCCGUCAACAAGGACCUGGGCUCCAGGCGUCGUGGGCGUCGGCCUCGCAGUGAGAUGCCUAAGCCCCUUCUGACUAUCACUGAUUCAUCGGCGUCCGGCCUCAGCUCGCCACUCUUCAUGAACGGGGGCUUAAUUGGCAGUAUGGACUCGAUGGUGGCCAUGCAGAACCUCCGUGGUGGUAUUCCAGGAAUUCCCAUCUCUGGGAUCAUGGCAGCUGGAUUCCCCCAUGGCUUUCCUGCGGCAGUGCCAGCAGGGGGAGGCACAGCAUCAGCAGAAGACGCCAAGAAUGGUUUGAGUAUGCUACCCAUGAUGCUGCAUGGCAUCCCACACCCCCAUGGCGCUGCGAUCCCACAACACGCCAUGUUCAGUGUUGGCGCAAUGGUGGCACACACUCCGCCACCACCACCUACUUCUCAGUCCAUCGCCUCCUCCCCGUCCUCCCCUACCUCUUGCUCUUCUUCCUCAGUGGCUGCUGCAAAGGUUACCACGACAACGGCACCACCUACGUCAGAAGCAGGAAGCCCUUCUUCGACGACUCCUGCUGAUCGGGAGAGCACGUCAUCGGGAUCUAGUGGGGCUGAAAAGGAGAGGAACCGGGAGGAGAAAGGAGGUGCGGAUGGAAACAAAAGACCAGGAGGGGUGGAGUCACCUGCCAUCAUUACAUCCACCAGCAGGAGUCAUCUCGGCUCUGCGCAUCUUGGAGGCGGAGCUGGCAGCCACCUUACUUUCAACCCCUUCCUAAUCCCUGGCGUGUCCCACGGCUUGCUGUACCCCCAUAUGUUCUUGCCACAUGGGGGCAUCAUGACGCUACCUGCCAUGCCGCCCGGCGCGGUCGACGGUUCAUCGGGCAGCCCGAAGAGGAGGAGGAAGAGAGAGGAGGAGAAGGAGGCAGGAGAGUCAGAGGAGAAACAAAGUACAGUAAAGCCCAGUGUUACCGCCCAGCCUGCUUCCUUAUGCUCCUCCUCCAUCUCUGCUCCAGACCAGGACAAGACUCCACCUCCAGAACCUACUGAAGACCCCCAGACUGGACAGGACGGACCAGCAGACCCACAGGAGCCGGACUCCCAUAACAGCCCAGAGGGAGUGACCACAGGGGAAGGAGGAGGGGAGGCAACAGAGGAGCAGAGACAGGAGGAAGGGUAGAGGAGGAGCAAGACUGCCAACAACUAUAAAGGGAGGUGAGGUGUACACGGGAGACGCAGUACCUCCUGUCACCUCCUGCUGUCUACAGUGUAAAGUUUGUGCCGUGUCUGUUAGUCAGUGUCCUUGUAAAGACUUCUCUGAUGAUGGUGACUGAAAAUAACGAUGAUUAUAUCCAACUUGGUUAUGUUUCUUUACCAUGGUCCCGUCCCUCCCAGUGCUCCCUCUUUGUGUACAACAAGUUGCGUAAGAAACUAUCUUCUGUGUAUUCUACCCAUUUGUUCUGCAUUGCGUCAAACACGCUGCAGAUCUGCGAACCACAAAGGAUCUGUUAAACUGAAGUAAGGUCAGUGUUUCUACGCAAAUCAGUUUGGACUAGUUUUUGUGUUUGCACGCACACGAGGACGAGGGAGGAAGAAGCAGAGGAGGUCAAAGGUCAAAAUGAGUCUAUUGGACAGAGUUCUGUCUUAUGAUUUGGCUUCUGGUACACUCCAAAAAAAUUCAGUCUUUUUUUUUCUGUGUCUUUCAACACCUGCAGGCGAGAUUAGCAUAGAAGCAUGUCUUGGUAAGACUGAAGAGUGAUGCUACACGCCUGUUCUUAGUGCUGGUAAUCCUUAUUUAAUUAUUUAAGAGCUGCUUUACCAAGACAGGAGAGGGCAGCCGAGAAAAAACACAUUGCAAUAUCAUCUGCGUAUGGCAGCAUUUUUAAGCUUUUUUUUUUUUUAUUACAAACUACCAAAUCAGAAAACCACAAUUCUGCAAAAACGUUUUUGACUGAUUUUGAUCAGAAAUUCAGCUCCUAGUUGCUGGUUUUGUAUGUUUGUUUUAAGAAUGUCGUGUCCCUAACACUAUGAAAAUCGUCAUUGGUGAUUUUAUUUUAUCGACUCUGUGCCGUUGCUGCUAUAACUUCUUUUUGAAAGCCGUUCAGAGAAUUAAAGUGUCAUGAACUCCUCGUGCUAAAAAAAAUCUAGAUUUUUUUUUUUCCCUUUUGUUUUUUUUAAAGAGCAGGAAGUGUUAAGUAAAACAGAAAAAAAUAUCCCCCAAAACAGCGACUUUUAAAACAACAUCUUUUUAAUUUGCUUUCAGUGAUAAAAGCAGAGAACAAUCAUGAGAUUACUUUAUGUUAUUUAAAGAGUUUUGUCGUUUUAACUCUUGACACAAAGUCACUUUUUGGGAGGCCCCACUCUGACAGCGGGUGUAGCCUAAUUGAAAGAACUGAUGAGAGGUUGUUUUUUUUUAUAGCGAAGGGUGGCCACCAGGGGGUGGCAGUGAGUGGGGUUGACAAAAAUUUACCUGCAAGUGCUGUGAUGGAAAGAUGUGGAGAAUAGGAGGAGAUUUUGUUCCACGUGAAAUUAAAGUAAAGCAGCAGGAAUAAAACGCCCUGCGACCCCGACGUGUAGCAUCACCACGAAUUUUUGCGUCCUCUGAUUUCUUUUCGGUGUGUGUGUGUGUGUGUGUGUGUGUUCCCCCCUUAAUGCAGAUCAAACCACACGAAGAUGGAAACAAAGUGGACUGAGGACAUCGUCCUUGUUCUUUGUCUCCUUUUCCUCAUGUAGGUUUUAAUAAUCUGUCUACUUGCAGGUCGUACUGAGAGUUUCUAAAUAUGUAAAUCUCCGGCUGUAUAUUGCUGUUUUUUAAAGUGCACCAUUUACUCAUUCUGCCUUUGUUUCUCCACGUGGAAGAAAAAGAAAAAAAUACUUGACACCUGUGAGAAGGGUUAGUCCCGAUGUUUCCUGUAUCAGACUGUACUGUACAUUAAAUGGAUGCAAGUCACUGGUUUUUCAGUCUUUCAUCACAGGCUGAGGAUUUGUGGGGGUCAGAUGUUUGUGGGGAUGAUGUUGAACUUACUAUUCUUACCUAAUUCAUGAAAACAUUUUUGCACAAUGUCUUUGUGUGUGUGCGCGCGCGCUUGCAUAUGUGCAUGCAUGCAUAUGUAGCUGGGUUAUUUUUUUCCACUUUGUCUCAUCACUUUUUUUUUUUAAUUCCAAAGCAGAGUUGUUGCCUUGUCACAGCCUUGUGGCUCCAUAUAUAUUUGUGCUUUUCUUUUACUUUGCCAAAUAUGUUAUUUCUUAUUUAUCUAUUGUUCAAAGAAAAAUGCCUUAUUUAGAGAUUAAUUCCCCCCUGCGUCAUUUCGGAGCACAUUGUUACAAAUUGCACUGUGUGAGGUGCGUUUUCUUCAUCAGACACUAAUGUGAAGGUACAACCGUAAAAUUCCUUGUGAUAAUUUUCACAAAAGUCAAUCGGUCGUCCCUCAAAGCACAAAUGAAGAUUAACAGGAAAUAACUAUUUCCAGUGCCUCUGUACGGACUUCCUGCUUUUUAUGGCCGUCGCGUGCUGUGUUAGCAUCAUGUUGCAAAGUGUGCAUUUUGUGUUAGUCCCGCUGGCUGGGAUCAGACUACACGUCUUCUUUUCAAACUGACCAGUUUGUUCUAAUAA